CCGCCCCCCGCCAUGUCGGCUUUGCGGUUCUCGGCCAACGUGAGCUGGAUGUUCCCGGAGAUCCCCGACCUACCGGAGCGGAUCCGAGCCUCGGCCACAGCGGGGUUCCGGGCGGUGGAGGCGGCCUGGCCGUACGAGAGUCCAACCCAGGCCCUGCGGGGGGCACUGAGCGAGGGGCGGGGCCUGGAGAUGGUCCUCAUCAACACACCCCCGGGGGACACUCAGGCCGGGGAGUUGGGUCUCGGCGCCAUACCUGGAAGACAAGACGCGUUCCGCGCCGGCCUGGACCAAGCUGUGCGAUUGGCCACCGACCUGGACUGUCAGAGAAUUCACAUCAUGGCAGGAUGGGUCCCGGCCGGUCUGGAUCGGGGGUCAGUAGACAAGGAAAUGGAGGCGACGUUUGUGGAGAAUCUCAGAUACGCGGCAGAUGUCCUAAAUCAGGUUGGUAUUGUUGGACUGAUUGAGCCAAUAAACUCUCGUAUUACUGAGCCGCGGUACUUCCUAAAUACGCCACAUCAAGCGGCUGCGAUCUUACAGAAAGCGGGGAGAGAAAAUCUGAAGAUGCAGAUGGAUGUCUUCCACUGGCAGAUCAUGGAUGGAAAUCUGACUGAGAACAUCAAGAGAUAUUUCCCAUUGAUUGGUCACGUCCAGAUCGCACAGGUCCCUCACCGCCACGAGCCGGACAGCCCCGGAGAGCUGAACUUCCCGUAUCUGUUUGACCUUCUGGAGGAGCUGGGCUACCAGGGAUACGUCGGGUGUGAAUACAGACCUCGCGGUGAGUGUUUGGCCGGAUCUAGGCUGACUAAUAUGGGGGGCAGUAAAAAGAAGAAGUCAGAGGGGCAGAACGUCAACACUCGUUUUUAUCCUCUCCUAGUCCCCUGCAUCUCUAUGUGA